AUGUCCGGUGGUAAAGGUGGUAAAGCAGGCUCCUCUGAAAAGGCCUCAACUUCGAGAUCCGCAAAGGCCGGUUUGACCUUCCCCGUCGGUAGAGUCCACAGACUCCUCAGAAAGGGUAACUACGCACAAAGAAUUGGUUCUGGUGCCCCAGUCUACCUGACCGCGGUUUUGGAGUACUUGGCUGCCGAAAUCUUGGAAUUGGCCGGUAACGCUGCCCGUGACAACAAGAAGACCAGAAUCAUCCCAAGACACUUGCAAUUGGCCAUCAGAAAUGAUGAAGAGUUGAACAAGCUUCUCGGCCACGUCACAAUCGCCCAAGGUGGUGUCUUGCCAAACAUCCACCAAUCCUUGUUACCAAAGAAGUCCGCAAAGGCCAAGGCUUCUCAAGAAUUAUAA